AUGAGUGAUUUAGUCUCACAAGCUGAUGUCCACCUUCCACCUGAUUCUCCAGAUGUGUGUAUAUUGUCACCUGUUCCAGUACUUUCUUCUACAUCGGAUAAUUCAACUGAAACAACAUCACAAACAAUUGUUAAUAUUCCAAAAACAGUACGAGAUAAAUUUUAUGUCAACAUCAAAACUUAUGAAACAAAUUGGUCAGGCCAAUGUAUAUUAUGUAAUAAAAUAAAAUAUGAUAAUAAAGGUGUAACAUCGAACAUAAAUCGACAUGUAAAAAGUCAACAUGGAAAAGAAUAUCAAGAAUGGCUUGCCCAGUUAAACGAAUCUAGCAAAAAAGAUCAGACAAAAAUAACUGAUAUAUUCAUUAAAACUAAUGAAACAACAAGAACAUCAUCAUUUUCAAAAGCUCAUUAUAAGAAUAAUCAUCCACGACAAAUUCAAUUAUCUCAAUCUAUUGUAGAAAAUCUAAUCAUCGAUAUUUUCACAAAGUGGUUUUAUAUUUCGACAACACAGGGCCAAGAUGUCAAGAAAGACUUUGCAAAUGUUAACCACGUUAAAAUGUAA